CUCUUUCGGCAGGGGAGCUGGUGCACGGAGGCGUUCUGCAGCCUAGCAGAAAUCUGAAACAAAACUACAAUACAAAUUAGAGGGCGCAGUGACGGUGCUAACCAAAGCAGAUUGGACGUACUAGUAAUAAUGGAGAACAUGUUCAGAGAGCCUUGUAUGAUGGUAGGAGGGGGUAUUUAGCACAGUUAAGAUCUGGAGAAAGCGUCUAUUCCUAUACAGUUGAAAAAAGGAAUGGGUUGUGGGGGCAGCAGGGCUGAUGCCAUUGAACCGAGAUACUAUGAAAGCUGGACCAGAGACACUGAAUCUACAUGGCUUACAAAUACAGAUACAGAGACCCCAUUGCCGGGCAUCACCAGCAAUACUAGUGUGUGCCCAGAAAACGCCGUCUCCACCAGUAAGAAGGAGAAUGGGACAGUUAACACAGGGAAGGGAGCAGAAGGCAAGGCAACCCAAACCUGUGUCACUGUGUCUUCAAGCGUAACAAACAAAGAAAAAAAGACAGUAAAUGCAGGUACUCAGUGUGGUAAACAUGCAACUACUUCUGCUACAACCACACAGAAAAGGAGGACUGUUCUUCAGACUGAGGAACUACCAAAUGGAAAUAAAGAAAAAUGUCCACCAAGGAAGUCGGCAUCGAAGUUAAUAAAAGCAUCCAGCGGGCUGAAACAGGCGGACAUGUUCAAGAGGCCUGUAUCAAGUAAACAAGGAAAGAGCUCCUGCACACAAGCAGAGGGGUACAGUCUCUGAUAAAGAGACUGAAGAUUGGUCUUGACAUGGCUGGGGCUCUCUGAACAGCAUCCACUUCUCCACUCGCUGACUCUAAAGAACUGAUUCACCAGAGCACCUUAACCAGGCCCGUCAUUGAAGAAUGGGAAUGAUGACAAUGUUGAAAUGCCAUGCUGGAGCAGAGGGUCGCUGCAAAGUGCCUUGAAACUUCUGCGUGGAUUGACAUGGGAACCAUCUCUUUUUUGGAAGUGCUAAAUAUCUGAAAGCCAUUAGUAUUUCAGCUACAUUAGAGUCUAUCUGAUUAGAAAACUCAUUUUUCUUUGCGGCAGGAUUGGGUGGAAAUGAAUUGUAUUUUAGGUUCCAUUCCGUUUACCUGUCCAACAUUAUGAAAGAACUGUGUAAAGGGCCUUAUAUUAUAGCAUAGAGACCAUCUACCUUGUGGAAGAUGGUAUGUUGGUUUCAUGUUUACAACCACCAUUUCUCUGCCAUGUACGACAUACAGAUUUGACUAUUUCUAUGGCAUGACAAAAGAAGCCAACAUAAAGAAAGGCUGAAUUUUUAAAUUUUAUUUUAAUGAUGAAUGUGUAUGCACCAACAAUGCAGUAAGAAUAGGUGGCAAAUUCUUAGAAUAACAUAGUGUACAACCUAAUCUGCAUACAUAAUGACAAAGUCAUCACAAUAAAGUCCUUCACCUGGAUGUGAUUAAUUGCAGAAUAUAGACAAUCAAUAUAUAGAUACAAUGUCUGUUGUCUCCUAUAUACAAUAGAUAUAUAGUUCAUAAUAGCAUUUGGGUAAUUUGAAAUGUUCAUUACCAUUUUUUAUGCAUGUGACUCUCCUGAAAUCAGUUGUCUGAAUAACUCUGGGCUUUGUUCACAACUGAAUUAUUGAGAAUUACUGCAGCACACAAAGUUAUAAGUGUAGGGGGGCUCCCGAGUGGCGCAUCCAGUAAAAGCACUCGCUAGAGUGCAGGAUGCGCUCUAUAGCCUGGACGUCGCUGGUUCGAGUUCAGGCUAUUCCACAGCCGACCGUGGACGGGAGCUCCUAGGGGGCGGCGCUCAAUUGGCCGAGCGUCGUCCGGGAGGAGGGAGGGCUAGGUCGGCCAGGGUGUCCUCGGCUCACCGCGCACCAGCGACCACUGUAAGCUGUCCCAGAGCUGCGUUGUCCUCUGGGGCGGCUGCACGGUGAGUCUGCAGAGUAUAAAGAAGCGGGCGGCUGAUGGCACACGCUUCGGAGGACAGCGUGUGUUCAUCUUCGCCCCUCCCGAGUCAGCACAGGGGUGGUAGCGGUGAGCUGAGCCUAAAAAUAAUUGGGCAUUUCAAAUUGGGGAGAAAAUAAUAAAAACUAAUUGGCAAUGACUAAAUUUUAAUAAAAAAUAAAUAAAAAGUGUAAAAAAUUGUCAGGAUGUUAACAAUGAAAAGAAAAAUGACAGGUACGUUAUUUAAACAGUUGCAGCAACAUGUAGGGAAGUGUAACAAUAAAUUUUUUCAGAAGCCCGCUACUACUCUUUAAGCACAUGUUGUACAGCGAGGACAGUAAUGCCAUAAUGUGUUUAAGCGUCAUGUACAAUGCCUUGUCAAGUUUCAUUGCUCAACAUUGAAAUCAGCACCUUGAGGUUAUUAAUGACACAGCAACCCUCUACCCUAUGCAGUGUUCCUGUACUAAGGGGUACUUGCAACCGUUUUGUGGGUCUUACUGUGGGGCAAGUACUGAAGGCUUCAGUUGUUUAAAACACUGAAAAGACUUCUUAUUGAAAUGUUUGUCUAAUUUUACAGUACACAUUUCUUGUUAGUGCUACUGAAGCUUUCCUAAUAGAUUACAUUGCUUAUAUCACUUUGUGCAAGGUAUCAGGUCCUUUUUUUAAAAUGCAGGACCAUGUUACUUACACUUGUAGGUAACUUUUCUUUGUGACACUGUGAUGAAAAAGCUAUAAUGCAUUUGGAGUUUAAAAAAUAUUUCUUAACAAACUAGCCUCUUUUGAAGAAAAAUAUUCAUUGACAAAGGGACCUCAGAAAUGCAAGUCUGAUUUUACACUUUGAAAAAGACCAGAAGAGAUCAAUUCCAGUUGCAAACAUAACAACUUCAAACAUUAAAAGAUUAAAACCAUAGAAAAAGAUACAUGAUUUUUGUUGUGCAAUAUGUACACUCCUUUUCAAUGUUUAUUCAACAGGCUUACAAAAUAUGGUAAUAAAUCACUUAUGUUUUAAAGUAAUGUAUGUAUUUUUGAGGAUAAAGAUUCUUAAUUGAAACAUCAUGAAACAGGUUCAUUGUGCAAUGGGUUGCACAGACUUUGCGAUUUAAUGCAAUCAUUUUCAAUGUAUUCUUUACUUCUGACCAGCAGUUCACCAAAUGCAGUCUGGGCAAAAAUAUCCAAGCUAAGGAAAAUCACUGCAAAUGAAACAGAUAUAAAUCAUAAGGAAGCUUUCCUUUUCUUCACUUGGAGUACGAGUAUCUCCGUCCCACUCAAUCACAAUGUGUUGUCAGCUCUAUUGGUCAGAAACUACUAAUAAACUGAAAGUGUGAAACCUAUUGUAUAAUUAACAUUGUGUUUAUGGUGUGCCAAGGAAGAACCGCAGUCAAAUACAUACUCUAAAAGGUGAGUGAUUUAAAACAGUAUUUUGCGAGCCCAUGAAAAUAAACAUGAAGCAAAAUCUUAUUAAGAGCGUACUUUAAGCAAAAUGAGUUAAUUCUAUAGGUUGAUGCAAAACAUUUAGCCAUAGCUGUACAUUUAAUGGUUUUAGACAUAUAAGUCGGACACAUCUGCUUUAACAAGUCUGCUUCCCAUACGAGAAUUUUGUGGAGGUUCGAUGUCAAGGCAGACAGGUCUAUAAAUACGAUAAAGAUAAAACUGAUGAUUCAAUUACAGCACUGUAAUAGUGCCUGGAUCAUCGUUGAAUGUGUUACAUGGAUGGCACCAGUGUGCAGUAUAUACUAUGGUGUUAUUAUUAGUAUUACUAUAGGAUUUAUUUCAAACAGGGAAUAACUGUUACAGAUUUGUCACCUACUUCUCCAUACAGUAUUAGCUAGUAGUAUCUUUAUUUAGAUAUUUUUGGGUGUGUGAGAGUUUUAUAACAUGUAUUAUUGUUUAUAAGGCAUACAUUUUCCAUGAAGAAAAGAUGGAAUUCAGUUUGGAUUUUCAGUUAAUUUAUAAGAUGGCCCAUUGAUUGCUGCUGCUUUGUAUAGUGAUUGAGGCUAUAUUUUCUAACCUAAAACAUGAGAAUGAUACAACAAUGUCUCUAAUCAAUUGAAUUAAUCCGUGCAAGUAUUAAGAAGUUACGUGUUUUUGUUAAACAAAUAAAAAUUCAGAAAUUCUUGACGUUCUAUUAUAGGACUUAACUGAUUUUUUUCUUUUUUCUCUGACUCAACACCUUUAAAUAUCCCUACAUUAUAUCUCCCCUCCUGUUUUGCAGUAUCCUACCGCUGCAUAAGAGAAGCAACCUAGAAAGACACACAAUUCUCAUUGCUUCUCAGAACUCAAAUGCCACCUUUAGAUGAUCUAUUUGUGGGAAGAAAACACCCCUUCAUAGGUUCAAGUUUUGAGAGUAAAUAAUUAAGAUACGUAUAUUUAGGGAACCCCCAGAACAAGCUUUGAAACUAUAUUAUUAAUUUAGCUGUAUCUGCAUCUUCAAAAUACAGAUUAAAAAUGCAAAUAAAGAAAAUGCCAUUGUGAUAAUCUGGAGAAAUUAACAAAAUAAAAAA